CAUGUACAUGACGCCACUGCAGACACUCGCAGGAAUAGCUUCGACUCAACUGAAGCUUGGGAAUCGAGUAUCCACGACGCUUGGAAGCUCAGAAACAACAAUCAAAUGCAAAUACAUAAAAGCAUUUUCUUUUCCACGAUGGGCCCGAAGUCUGCUCGUUCAGUGACGAUCAGAUGUUGUAACAUACCUUUCAAUCUGUAGGCAUCACACAUCGAAUGUUCAAGGAUGGGUAGGAAAAAAUCGCAUAAAGCAGCUGUACCACAUCGAAGCAAGCUAAAGAAGGAGCCUGGCAUUCCAAAACUUCCUGACCUCAAACUUCGAAAUGCGGAAAAGCACAAGACGUCGCCUCCAACUCGUCUUGAUCCAGACGCUGUGAUGGCUUCUGAACCAACGCUAACUUCGUUAGCAAAGCUUGCCUCUGAGGUCGCACAGGACUCAGGCAACCAACCUUCCGGCUCCGCACCGUCGCAAAAGACCAAGGAGCAAAUUAGGAGACAUUAUGUGCGCGCACUUCACAAGGUGGUGGACGAAAGCGACAUUAUUAUCCUCGUCCUUGAUGCCCGCGAUCCAGAAGGCUGCCGGAGUCAGCUUGUGGAGGAAGAGGUUAGAAGACGCGAAAAUGAAGGCAAAAAACUUGUUUUUGUGCUGAACAAAAUAGAUCUCGUCCCUCGGGAAAAUGCCCAACAGUGGUUGCGAUAUCUGCGGCACUCGACUCCUACCCUUCCGUUCCGCUCUGCCUCAUCUAAUCAGAGGUCUAACUUGUCCUCUGCUACUGCCCCGGCUCUUCUACGACUCCUCAAGUCUUACAAACCGGCGGCACAGAGUGCCACAGUUGGUGUCGUUGGGUUCCCCAACGUUGGUAAAAGCAGCCUUAUAAACUCGCUUAAACGAUCCAAAGUCUGUGCAGUUUCGGCGCAGGCUGGCCACACGAAGGAGCUUCAAACUGUGCAGCUCGAACGUGGGAUCAAGAUCAUUGAUUCACCUGGUGUCAUAUUUGACGAAGAUGACCACGAGAGCGGUUCAAGCCAGCGACAGAAGGGUAGCGUAUUGCUCCGUAAUGUGGUCAAGGUCGAAGAUAUCGAAGAUCCCAUUGCUGUCGUGGAGGAAAUCCUUGCACGUACUGAACACGAAGUAUUACGGAAAAUCUAUAACCUUCCACAGUUUUCAUCCACGCUGGAAUUCCUCACUAUGCAUGCCUUAAGCAGUGGACGGUUACUCAAGGGUGGAACGCCUGACAUCCUAGGAGCGACUCGACAGGUCCUAAUGGAUUGGAAUCACCAGAAAAUUCCAUACUUCUCCAUUCCGCCGAACGUUCACCCAUCAUCUGUGCCCUCAACGAUUCCAAGCGCUGGAGAUGGAGUUAUAGCUCCCGGAGCUGAGAAUGUUGGGCUGGUAAAAAUCGUGACAGGAUUCUCCAAGCCAUUCGAGUUAGAAGGCCUUUUUGAGGCUGCGGACGCAGGCGCCUUCGAUAACCAACGAAAUGCGGGAGAGGUGAACAUGGAGGAGGCUUCGAUGGCCCCUGGAUACCCUGAAGGGUCUGAAAUGGUGGUUGAGGAGGCUGCCCAUGUACCUCAGAAGAGGAGGCAUUCUCCCUCUCCAGCAAGCGAACGACUUUCACAAGCUCAAACUCAGGCGUUUUCCGCAGCCACAACACGUAUACCAAAGCGGUUUAGACGAGCCAAAGACCUUUCUGCAUACGAAGAGGCUGCCGGGCGCAGUCAUCCACUAAACAGGAAGAUGUUGAAAAGAGACGCAAAGCGGGCUAGAAGAGCAGCGGCUAGGUCCCGGAAUGCACAAGAGUCGGGUAUGGAAGUUGAUGAUCUGGGCGACACAUUUAUUGCUGGCGUGGAAACGUAACGUGCGCGGGGUGUACACUUCCAUGCGCUGUCCGCAGUUUUAUUUUGGUUAGGAUCAACACAAAUUCCACUUUGUCUGGCCAUGGCACCGAAAAGUAAAUUUCGCAGUGUACCAUUUUGCAGGAGAGCAGCUGAAUACAAAGUGAUGACUGGUCAGCUGCCGAGACCGACGUGUCCCCAUGUUAGGUUGUACAUUUCGAUUAGUGACACGCUAUGGCAACAGCCGCAGGCAUGUAUUUGGGAG